AUGUUCCAUAAGAGAUUAAGAGAGUAUCACAAAAUAGGCAGUAUUCGACAUGGCAAUAAUAUAAAACAAGGUAAUAAUACUGAUUUAGAACAUGAAAGAGCUUCUGAUUCCACUAUCUCUAAUAACUGGACCUAUUCACCAAUCUAUAGUGCCUCAGUAGAGAAAAUUGACACAUCCUCAUCUUAUGUAAAAAGCCUACAAACUUUGAAAUCAUCUAAAGACUUAUCUCUAGAGGAUAUUUUAUCAGAUUAUAUAGAGGUAUAUCCUAAAAAACUUAGGAAUUCCCAAAAUUCUUCACCAUUUCGUAAAUAUAUAGGUACUAAAUCACCUAUUAAUAGCAAUACAGAGCUACCUGAAUUUCCUAAAUCUCCAAAUACAUAUAAAAAUAAGAAAUUAAGCUACAAAUAUUAUGAUACUUUGGGGAUUUCUCAGGGAUCAACAAUUGAGCAAAUAAAAAGAGCUUAUAGAAACAAAGCUACAAAACUCCACCCAGAUAAGAACCGUCAUAAUUUAAGUUAUGGAGAUAAUACAGUUGCUACAACAGCAUUUCAAGAAUUGCAAGAAGCUUAUGAGCUAUUAAGUAAUCAAACUAAAAAAGCUAUUUAUGAUGAAUAUGGUGAUGAUGCUCUUAAAUUUGGUCUAUUUAAUCAUUUGAGAGAUGUAUUACCUUCAAAGGAAGAAAUACAACUUGAGAAUACUUUUUUUAAUACUAAUAAUGUUCCUUGGAGUUUAUAUUGGAUGGACAUUAUAGAAUCUUUAUUUAUUAAUCCACUUACACAAAGACAAGGUGCUGAGCUACAUUCACUCAAUGCUCUAGGUAUAUCCAUGAACUUAUAUGAAGAAUUAUUAAAGGCAACCUUUAAAUAUAUCAAAAAGUCAGAAGAUAUCCCAAGAAAAUAUUUCGAAAAUCCCUUAAUAUUUCCACAAAUUCCGGAUCUUUAUAAAAGAAAGUUUAAAAUAGUUCCAAGCAUUUUUUCCAGAUUAAAUGAAAACUUGGAAUCAAUACCUGUGGAACAUUCAAACUUUAAUUAUAUUCAAAUAUUUGGAAGACCAAAUGACUUAUUAAUAAAUUCAAAUAAAAAUAUUGAAUCAGAGUAUGAAAGUAUUUUUAAUUUAAACAAACAAAAUAUUAAAUCGAUAUUUGGGUUUAUUUCAACUAACUCAGAAAGUGCUUGGAAGGAGCUUAUUAUAAGCUCAAAAAGACAAUAUAAAGUAAGCUCUACUAUCUCGCAAACUAACUCAUUAAAACGUCAACUGCAAAAAAUUAUUUCAAAAUACAAUUGGAUCAUAGUUUUGUUCGUCCCAGAAUCUUUCUUACCCUUUUCAGAUAGUGAAUUCCUACUCCAGUUACAAAAUGAUACAUUUAAAAGACAGAAAAACAGAUUCCAAGAUAUUUCAAAUAAAAGUGGCUUUACAAAGGAAAUUGAAAGUCUAAAUAUAGAUGAAUUAUUAGUAUUCCCAGUUCCAUUAUAUAAACCAAAAGUUAGUGACACAAAUAACCAACCACAAAUUAUAAUAAGGCCUUAUUCAUAUCACAUAUAUUCAAUAAUACAACAGAUAUUAUUAAUAAGUAAUGAUGAAACUCAUUUUAUUCCAAUUGAAGUAGAGUCUACUGAUUAA